CUGAAACUGCCAUCUCUCAUCAUCAGAUCUCUCUCUCACUGCCAUGAAAGAACCUCCGCUUUCCCGUCGCAGAAGGCCCUCCACCUCCGCCGCUAACCAAUCCAAGAAGCUCAAACUUCUGAUCAGCUUCAAUGGCGCAUUCCGCCUUCAUCCGCCCACCGGCAACGUCCGCUACGUCGGCGGCGAGACGCGUAUCGUUUCCCUGGAUCGCAACGCCGGCUUCUCUAAGCUUCGGUCCAAGGUUUCGGAUCUCUGCCCUAAUGCAUCCUCCUUUUCCCUCCGGUAUCAAUACCACGAUUCGGAGUCCUCCCGUUCCGAUUCUGAUGAAAGACCUCUGGUCCUGAUCGACUCCGAAGACGACUUCCGAUGCAUGAUCGACGAAUACGAUAAGUUCGUGCGGUACGACGAUCGCGCGAGGCUCCGUGUUUUUGUUUGUACCAAAAGUAGUAUGAACUGCGAGUUUAGAAGGCAGAAUGCUGCAUUCGCUCCUCGUGGGGAACGUGAUGGUUCCUCUGCGGCUAGAUUGCAUGAGACUGUAUAUGGUGGUAAUGGAUUGCCGAACCAACGCUCACCAAUCUCUUCGUUUGGGUUUCUGGAGGUGGCUGUGAAUUUACCGACGACUGUUAAGACUGCUGAAGCGCGAUUUGACAAUGAUUUACCUGGAAAAUUAGCGUUCAAGCGCCAAUCGCGGAUAAAACAAUCGGCUCUUGUAAGUAGUGCUUGCAAUCGCACCGAAACCGAUACAAGACCUGGAGGAAGACCGAAUUACGUUCAUCCGCUAAUCGAUAUGAGUCCCGGAGCCCAUGUUCCAAUCAGGGAGAAUGUUGGGAACCAGAGUUAUAACAAUCGAUUUCAUGGCGGUUCAUAUAACAAUUUGGGGAAAGUUCAAUUGGGGGGAGGUGAAACCUAUAGUAAUUGGGCUAAGACUCCGGCUAGUCGCGCCCAUCCAUUGAAUCCGAGGGAUGGGAAUUUACGAGUGGGAACGAAAAAUUAUACUCACUGCUUGUCGAUGCAGCCUAAAAGUGUGGCUCCGUGUGCCGGAACAAGCCCCAACAUGGGGAUUUCUAGACAACUUAAGAACUCUGGUAAAAUUUCUCCACAUCCUGGAUUUGAUGUGAAACAGGACUUGAGGAGCAAUGCACAGGCAUCUGUAAAAGGUUUGAAAGGGGAGAACAGCGUGCCAUGGACACCCAAUUAUGACUCAGCAAAGACUGCUGGUUUGGCAAUAGAUGUUUGUAAUACGAAAUCUUCUUCUAGUAGUAACAGAACAUUGUUUGAUGGGCGAAGUGGCAGCCAUGACCAUCGUGUAAAUGAUGCCAAACAUCAGAAAAUUUAUCCAAACGGCCACAACAACAAGACGCAGAUGGAGAACCAUAAAGCUCCUGCAAUGAAUGAGAAUGUUUCGAUUGCGAAAUGUAAUUAUGGGCUCCAGCCAGUUUCUGACAUGUCAAACCAGGGACUAUCUAUAAAAUCAAACGAUCCUAACACAUGGGGGCAGGAGACCAGUUGUCUGGAGCAAUCAUCUCAAGUAACCGUGAGAAUAUUGGAUCCUAGUUUAAAGUUAAACGAAGACAAAACCUUGUUUAAUGUGCAGACUGGUCAUAUGGAAUUUAGAAAACCUGUCAGCCCCGGAGAUUCUCAAAAUAAAAAUUUAAAUCCUAAUGAAUUUUGUUUACCUUAUUAUGACAAAUGUGUGGAUGUAGGUCAACAAAGUUUUGAGUCUUAUGUUUCUGUUCUGCCUCCAUUACCAUGCUUGAAAGCAAUGGAGAAUCAAGGAGAUUUAUUGAAUGAGGCCAAGAGUCAUGGUCGUGAAGUUCCAUGUUUAAGUGGAAACUUUCACAAGUUUGAUAAAUAUGGGGAGCCUAGCCACUGCGAGCUACAGAUGGAGCAUUUCUCAGUAAACCCACAAACGAACGGAGUUAUUCAUUGUUGGGGCAACAAAGCAGGAUUCGUCAGCAAUAGUAAGCUUCCAGACGAGGAAGCAUCUGCUGGCUCCUGUAACAAUUCGAAGAUUGAACCACCUCCUGAAUUCUCAUCUUGUGCUUCUGCAGUUCUUUCUGAACCCUUGCAAAAACUUCAACCAAAUUGUAGACUUCUCAUGGAUGAAGAAAAAGCAUGUGACCCACAAGGUGACAGAUUGAGUGCAUAUACCUCAAUGAGAUUGAUGCAGAAUGUAGAACUACAAAAAAUUAAAUUGGAGACUACACAAGAUCCCAAGUCUACUCUAUACUUUGUUAAAAAGGCGGAGGCUAGAGAAAGCAAGAAAUGUUCUAAGGUCAUUGCUGGGAUUUCUUCAGAUCUCAUAGCAUUUUGCACCCAUCUAGUUACUCGAGAGCUACAGACUAUAUAUAGUUCUGACCUGGAAUACAUAAAAGAAAUUGGCUCUGGUACAUAUGGAGCUGUUUUCUAUGGAAAAUGGAAGGGUUCUGAUGUUGCCAUCAAGAAGAUUAAGCACAGUUGCCUCAAUGAUAGUUUGUUGGAGGAGCAGCGAUUGAUUGCAGAUUUUUGGAAGGAAGCGUACAUUCUAGGUCAGCUUCACCACCCAAAUAUAGUGGCACUUUAUGGAAUUGUUUCAGACGGUCCUGCAACAAAUUUGGCUACAGUUACCGAGUAUAUGGUGAAUGGCUCCCUAAAACAAGUUUUGCAGCGAAAAGAUAGAACUAUUGAUCGUCGGAAGAGGCUCAUCAUAGCAAUGGAUGCAGCCUUUGGCAUGGAGUAUCUACAUGAGAAGAACAUUGUUCACUUUGAUUUAAAGUCUCAUAACUUACUUGUGAAUAUGAGGGAUCCUCAACGGCCAAUUUGUAAGAUUGGUGAUCUGGGCUUAUCAAAAAUUAAGCAGAGAACUCUAGUGUCUGGUAGUGUAAGAGGCACCAUUCCUUGGAUGGCUCCAGAGCUGUUGAAUAGUAGUAAUAACAACCACCUCGUAACAGAAAAGGUGGAUGUGUACUCAUUUGGAAUUGUCAUGUGGGAGCUCUUGACUGGAGAGGAACCUUAUUCAAACUUGCGUUCAGAGGAAAUUUUAGCCGACUUAAUCCAAGGAGACUUAAGACCCGAAAUUCCGAGCUGGUGCGAUCCUUCGUGGAGAUCACUAAUGCAGAAAUGCUGGUCCACUGAUCCAGAUUCCAGACCACCCUUCUCAGAGGUUGCAAAGGAGCUACGUUUAAUGUCAGAAGCCAUGAACAUCAAGUGACAUGCUCCUCCUCAUCUUGCGAAAGAAACGAGGUUAAGUUACCAGUUGCAGUUGAAGGCUUAUUCAGUUGUGAAUAUUGUAAGAGAGCACCAAAUAAACAGGGCAAUGCCAAGAAGUGGCACAGUUUUUUUCAGUCCACUUUCAGGUGCAUUCCCCAUCUUUGAUAUAGUAAAGGUAUAUAUAGAACAGUCGAAAACAGAAAUCUUCUUUCUGUAUGAACAGGAAGCUUUCGUAAUUUUUUUACUGAGGCUUGUAGGCUAGAGAAACCAUGGCUGUCCUUGAAAUUUUUCAUGUGGUCAAGAAUGGUCAUUCUGAAAUCGAAGUGUUUCUUGAAACUAUUUUAU